AGCUGUGAGCUGUUUGUAAACUGAGCAUCUCUACCAAGAGCCUUGGAGGAAUAGAAAGACAGCUGAAAUCCAUGCUCUGAGACAGAGAAGGACAGAGAUUCCUGUGCCCCAGUAGUGGUGAGUGGAUGGGUUAAAUGUGAUGCAGUUAAAGAAAAAGGACAAGAGAGAGAUGUAUUUAUUUUCUAGAGACAGGAAGAGAGGGAGAGAGAGGGAGGGGCUGCUGUCAUCAGCACUGUGUUCCUGUGCUGCAGUGUUUGUAUUAGGUGGUUCAGCAUCGUCCAUGGAGCAAAGCAGCUGAUGCUGGUCUUGCUAUACCAACCGUAUGUGUAAUUCAUCUUUGCUGUUCGGAAUUCAGCUAUUCUAAUCAGCAUGUUUCUUUUUGUUACAUUUGCUAAUGCAAUCAGAUUUUUUCUUCUCCCAUGUGAAAGAGAAACUAGGAUCAGUUUAGUAUUUUCAUGUGCGUGAGUGCAUAUGACGGUUGGUUCAUUUGCAUCUGUGCCCAAUCUGUGCUCGAGAGAGAGCGUGGACAUUUGAAUCAGCAGAGGAGAGGGGGAAAAGAGGAGAGAGGGAGGAGAGGAGAGAGGGAGGAGAGGAGAGAGGGACGAGAAUGGGCUGCUGAUGAUGUAACAGCUUUACCCUCCUUCCUCCCCAUCCCUCUCUCUGCCUCCUGCAAGAACGGAUGGAUGGAUAAUUCACAGCGGAGGAGGAGAGAUCUGAUGACCUUUACCCCCAACACACUCCCUCCCCUCUCCCCACUCUCUUCCCCCCCUUCUUCCUCUUCCUCCACUCCCCCCUCCUUCCACUCCCCCUUCUCCCGCUCCCCCCUCUCAUCACCCGCUCCCCACUCCUUCCCCACUCCCCACCACUCUUCUCCCUCCUACCCCCUCUUCCUUCCCACUCCCCACCACUCCCCCACCCCACACUCUUCCCUCCACCCCGUCCCUCUGCUCCCACUCCCACACUCUUCUCCCAGCUCCCCCCCUCUUCCUCCCACUCCCCACCCCUCUUCCCUCCCCCCUCUUCCUCCACUCCCCCCCUCUUCCUCCACCUCCCCCCUCCUUCCCUCCUCUACCUCCCACUCCCUCUUUUCCUCCAUCCCCCCUCUUCCUCCACUCCCCCUCUUCCUCCUCCCCACUUCCCCCCCUCCCUCUCUCUCCCCUCCCCUCCUCUUCCUCCCACUCCCCCCUCUCUUCUCCCUCCUCUCCCCACUCCUCUUCCUCCACUCCCCCUCUUCCUCCCACUCCCCACUCUUUUCUCCCUCCCCCCCACUCUCUUCUCCCCCCACUCCUCCUCUUUCCUCCCACUCCCCUCCCCUUCCUCCCCUCCCCCUCUUCCUCCCACUCCCCCUCCCUCCACUCCCCCUCCUCUUCCCCUCCCCUCUCUUCUCUCCCCCUCCACCCCCCUCUCUUCCCCUCCCCUCUUCUCCUUCCUCCCACUCCCUCCCCCUCUUCCUUCCUCCCCUCCCUCCCUCCUCUUCCUCCACUCCCCUCUUGCCUCCCACUCCCCCCUCUUCCUCCCCUCCCCACCCCCCACCCUCUUCUCCCUCUCCCCCACUCUCUUCUCCCACACCAGAGGAGUUGGCGCCUCCCACCAGCCUCCUCUGACAUGCACAAACUCACACAUUCGCACACACACACACACACACACACACACACACACACACACACACACACACACACACACACACACACACACACACACACACACACAAGCACACACAUACACACACCACACACACUGUGUAUUGAGUCUGUAUUCAGUAUGUCACUGGUCUCCUCUGUGUUCUCUUCAGGUUCCCCUGGGUGAUGAAGGCAUGGACCUGGCGUCUCACAGUAAGAUGAGCUCAGAGGGGGCCGAGGGCAGACCAGGUGAACCUCAGACACUGGCAACUCUGUGUGUGAUGAUAGGUUAUUAUUCCACCAUUACUCUUUGGCUACCUGCAGGACUGAGGGUUAUAUGUUAAAAUCCUACGCACGAACUGCCGACAUUAUUACGCAUAUUAAUUGAUAAUGAUGGAAAAUAAGAUAUGCAACAUAUUUGAAUAGAUAUAUAUUUUUAAAUAGUUACAGUGGGGAGAACAAGUAUUUGAUACACUGCCGAUUUUGCAGGUUUUCCUACUUACAAAGCAUGUAGAGGUCUGUAAUUUUUAUCAUAGGUACACUUAAAAAAUCCAGAAAAUCACAUUGUAUGAUUUUUAAAUAAUUAAUUUGCAUUUUAUUGCAUGACAUAAGUAUUUGAUCACCUACCAACCAGUAAGAAUUCCGGCUCUCACAGACCUGUUAGUUUUCUUUAAGAAGCCCUCCUGUUCUCCACUCAUUACCUGUAUUAACUGCACCUGUUUGAACUCGUUACCUGUAUAAAAGACACCUGUCCACACACUCAAUCAAACAGACUCCAACCUCUCCACAAUGGCCAAGACCAGAGAGCUGUGUAAGGACAUCAGGGAUAAAAUUGUAGACCUGCACAAGGCUGGGAUGGGCUACAGGACAAUAGGCAAGCAGCUUGGUGAGAAGGCAACAACUGUUGGCGCAAUUAUUAGAAAAUGGAAGAAGUUCAAGAUGACGGUCAAUCACACUCGGUCUGGGGCUCCAUGCAAGAUCUCACCUCGUGGGGCAUCAAUGAUCAUGAGGAAGGCGAGGGAUCAGCCCAGAACUACAUGGCAGGACCUGGUCAAUGACCUGAAGAGAGCUGGGACCACAGUCUCAAAGAAAACCAUUAGUAACACACAUGACCUUCUCCCAUUCCUCCUCUGGAUCAUCCAGAUGGUCAUGGAUUAAAAUCCUGCAGCGCACGCAAGGUCCCCCUGCUCAAGCCAGCGCAUGUCCAGGCCCGUCUGAAGUUUGCCAAUGACCAUCUGGAUGAUCCAGAGGAGGAAUGGGAGAAGGUCAUGUGGUCUGAUGAGACAAAAAUAGAGCUUUUUGGUCUAAACUCCACUCGCCGUGUUUGGAGGAAGAAGAAGGAUGAGUACAACCCCAAGAACACUAUCCCAACCGUGAAGCAUGGAGGUGGAAACAUCAUUCUUUGGGGAUGCUUUUCUGCAAAGGGGACAGGACGACUGCACCGUAUUGAGGGGAGGAUGGAUGGGGCCAUGUAUCGCGAGAUCUUGGCCAACAACCUCCUUCCCUCAGUAAGAGCAUUGAAGAUGGGUCUUGGCUGGGUCUUCCAGCAUGACAACGACCCGAAACACACAGCCAGGGCAACUAAGGAGUUGCUCCGUAAGAAGCAUCUCAAGGUCCUGGAGUGGCCUAGCCAGUCUCCAGACCUGAACCCAAUAGAAAAUCUUUGGAGGGAGCUGAAAGUCCGUAUUGCCCAGCGACAGCUCCGAAACCUGAAGGAUCUGGAGAAGGUCUGUAUGGAGGAGUGGGCCAAAAUCCCUGCUGCAGUGUGUGCAAACCUGGUCAAGACCUACAGUAAACGUAUGAUAUCUGUAAUUGCAAACAAAGGUUUCUGUACAAAAUAUUAAGUUCUGCUUUUCUGAUGUAUCAAAUACUUAUGUCAUGCAAUAAAAUGCAAAUUAAUUACUUAAAAAUCAUACAAUGUGAUUUUCUGGAUUUUUGUUUUAGAUUCCGUCUCUCACAGUUGAAGUGUACCUAUGAUAACAAUUACAGACCUCUACAUGCUUUGUAAGUAGGAAAACCUGCAAAAUCGGCAGUGUAUCAAAUACUUGUUCUCCCCACUGCAUAGAUAGAGGUGACAGCAUUGGAAAUGCUUUUGGCGGUUAAUCUGCUUCUGUUUUGUGCGUGGCACUGUGUGCUGUUUUCGAUGGAUGGGUCCUGGCCUCUCGGGGCCCUAGGGAUCCGGAGGGAUGUGGGUGGGUAGCAAUGCAAAUAUCACGGUACAGCUAUAUGGACACUCAAUCAUUAUGGUAUUUUUUAUUGGUAAAUUUACAAACAUAUAUAAUGAAAAAUAGACUUGAAACUUGUAUCUCUGUAUGGUGAAAUAAGUAUAGCCAGUUAUAAUUUUAAUGGCUUAGCUGAUCAAAAGAAGAACAAUAUUUACAUGGCUCAAAGAGAAGGAAUAUAAUAUCUAUUGUUUACAGGAAACUCAUUCAACAAUUCUAGAUGAAGUUGUGUGGAAAAAGGAAUGGGGGGGCGAGAUAUACUUCUCCCAUGGGCAAAGAAAUUCAAAAGGGGUGAUGAUAUUAAUUAAUAGUAAUUUCGAACCGAAUGUGCAAAUUGUCCAAAUAGAUAUGCAAGGUAGAUGGAUUAUUUUAAAUAUGUUAUUGGACAAUAAACAGAUAUGGCUCAUUAACAUUUACGGACCAAAUAAUGAUGAUCCACACUUCUUUGACAAUAUAUAUAAUAAAUUAUCAACCCUGCAAGCAAUUCAAGACAAUAUUAUUAUGGUGGGGGAUUAUAAUAUUGUUUUAAAUAGCUCAAUGGACCGUAAAGGAAAUCACACCACAAACAAUCAGACGGGCCUGGACAUGCGCUGGCUUGAGCAGGGGGACCUUGCGUGCGCUGCAGGAUUUUAAUCCAUGACGGCGUAGUGUGUUACUAAUGGUUUUCUUUGAGACUGUGGUCCCAGCUCUCUUCAGGUCAUUGACCAGGUCCUGCCGUGUAGUUCUGGGCUGAUCCCUCACCUUCCUCAUGAUCAUUGAUGCCCCACAAGGUGAGAUCUUGCAUGAGACCCAUUUUCAAUGCCCUGGCUGAGGGAAGGAGGUUCUCACCCAAGAUUUGACGGUACAUGGCCCCGUCCAUCGUCCCUUUGAUGCGGUGAAGUUGUCCUGUCCCCUUAGCAGAAAAACACCCCCAAAGCAUAAUGUUUCCACCUCCAUGUUUGACGGUGGGGAUGGUGUUCUUGGGGUCAUAGGCAGCAUUCCUCCUCCUCCAAACACGGCGAGUUGAGUUGAUGCCAAAGAGCUCGAUUUUGGUCUCAUCUGACCACAACACUUUCACCCAGUUCUCCUCUGAAUCAUUCAGUUGUUCAUUGGCAAACUUCAGACGGGCCUGUAUAUGUGCUUUCUUGAGCAGGAGGUCCUUGCGGGCGCUGCAGGAUUUCAGUCCUUCAGGGGCAUAGUGUGUUACCAAUUGUUUUCUUGGUGACUAUGGUCCCAGCUGCCUUGAGAUCAUUGACAAGAUCCUCCCGUGUAGUUCUGGGGUGAUUCCUCACCGUUCUCAUGAUCAUUGCAACUCCACGAGGUGAGAUCUUGCAUGGAGCCCCAGGCCGAGCGUGAUUGACAGUUCUUUUGUGUUUCUAUUAUUUGAGAAUAAUCGCAACUGUUGUCACCUUCUCUGGUCUUGUAGCCCAUUCCAGCCUUGUGUAGGUCUACAAUCUUGUCCCUGACAUCCUUGGAGAGCUCUUUGGUCUUGGCCAUGGUGGGGAGUUUGGAAUCUGAUUGAUUGAUUGCUUCUGUGGACAGGUGUCUUUUAUACAGGUAACAAGCUGAGAUUAGGAGCACUCCCUUUAAGAGUGUGCUCCUAAUCUCAGCUCGUUACCUGUAUAAAAGACACCUGGGAGCCAGAAAUCUUUCUGAUUGAGAGGGGGUCAAAUACUUAUUUCCCUCAUUAAAAUGCAAAUCAAUUUAUAACAUUUUUGACAUGCGUUUUUAUGGAUUUUGUUGUUGUUAUUCUGUCUCUCACUGUUCAAAUAAACCUACCAUUAAAAUGAUAGACUAAUCAUUUCUUUGUCAGUGGGCAAACGUACAAAAUCAGCAGGGGAUCAAAUACUUUUUUCCCUCACUGUAAGUGUUAUUUAACACAGCUGACAACCAGCCAAAAUGUCAUAACCCACCACUCCACAAGAGAUAAAGAGCGAUAAAGAGAGAUGGAACAUUCUAACAUUUCCAGUGACUCUUCCCCCUCCCUCCCUGUAGCCCCUCCCAACUCGCUUCCCCUGCAGGGCACGCCGGGUGGCCCCUCCCAAAGGAAGAAGCUCUCCGCCCCGCGUAUCAGCCUUUCACUUGACCAGAGUGAAGAGGAUGCCCUAGAGACGCCCGACGACCUGGAUAUUAACGUGGACGACCUGGACACACCUGACGACACAGACUAUCUGGACUACACCGACACUGAGCUGGACUGGGAGGGUGAGUCAGUCUAGGAGUAUGUCCCAAAUGGCACUCUUAAGUGCACUUUACAGUAUAGGGCCAUUUCAGACACAUACUAAUACACCAAACAAGAUAUUCCGCCACUUGGGAAGCUGUAACAAUUAAAAUGAAAAUUUGUUUCCCUAUACCUAAUUUCUCUGUAAUAAAAUGUUUGUUGUUGGAUUUAUAGUACGUCUGUGUUUUCUACUAGCUGUGUUUCUGCCUUUUGCCACAAACCAGAACCCCCGACAGCCAAUCGUAACGCGUCAAAAGAGCCGUGCGAGCCGAUUCCUACGUUCAGUGCAGCAGAGGAGCGUCAGGAUGCGAAGCUGUGGAGGGCCGUGAUCAUCGGAGAGCAGGAACACCGCAUCAACAUGAAGAUCAUCGAGCCCUACCAGAGAGUUGUAUCCCAUGGAGGUACAGGAAAGUUCUGAUUGUUGUUUGGUGUUUUUAUACCUUAUUCUAUUUUAUAUACCUUCUUUUACCUCCUUUCUCUUGAUGGGGUCUCCCAUACAAAAGAGAUUUUCAUCUCAUGCAACGUAAAUCAGACAUACAGUGACAUACUGAUGGCAGAUGACAGAGAGAAAUACAAACAAACUGAGAAAUGAAACAGUCAAACACCCCACCCAAACACAACCCUCCCCACCCACCCCACGCAUGAUCUAGCCUCUGAGACAGGGUACUCUUGGAAACUGUUGUAGUGUGGGUCAUAUUUGAAUAUUUCUUUCGAAGUGUCGUUUUUCCUUCAUCAGGGUACUAUGGAAACGGAGUGAACGCCAUCAUAGUGUUUGCGGCGUGUUUCCUCCCGGACAGCGACAGUGAGGACUACCAUGAAGUCAUGGAGAACCUCUUCCUGUAAGUUACACCUAUCCUCACUCUAAUUAGUACUGACUUAGGCACCUUUUAAAGGCAAUGUACGUGGAGAUCACUGUAAAUGCUGCAUAUUUCGGCACAAUCUGAAAUUACCUUUAAAUGUCAAGUAAGCUACUGCUCAGAUCUAGUGUUGAUCGGAAUGAUUCCCGACCUUAGUCCCCUAUCCCGAAACAUAUGCCUGUGACCUAACAAAUACACCCAUUAUUUGUAGAUUUAUUUGAUGGAUAUACUGAUAACUAAUUGCGUUUUAUGGUUAAGUUCUCGUCUGUCUUUAUUUCUAAGAAAAAUUAACUUGAAGGGCAAUGUUGUAACUAUUCUACAUGCACCUUCCAAUCGUUCACUGUCAUACUCCUCUCUUGUUCUUCAGUUCAGUCAUAUUUCAGAUGCUUCUCUACUCGUUGGACAUGUUUUAAAUCAUACACUAGAAUCUAGUGACUAGAUUCAUUUACAUUUGACAUUUUAGUCAUUUAGCAGAUGCUCUUAUCCACAGCGACUUACAAUUAGUGCAUUCAUCUUAAGAUAGCUAGGCAACCACAUAUCACAGUCGUAGUAAGUACAUUUUCCCUCAAUAAAUAGUUAUCACCAAAGUCAGUGCUAAUAGAUUGAUGUGUACUUGCCCUGCUGUAUGUCCUGCUGGCAGGUAUGUGAUCAGCACAUUGGAGCUGAUGGUGGCAGAGGACUAUAUGAUUGUCUAUCUGAAUGGAGCCACGCCCCACAGGAGGAUGCCUGGAAUGGGCUGGCUCAAGAAGUGCUACCAGAUGAUUGACAGGAGGUAGAUUGCUUUUUACAAUGUUUGAUUCAUGAAUGAAUGGAUGGAUGGAUUAAUUCUAUUUUUAGUAUGAAAAAGUGCAAGGGGAUAUAGUCAGGCCCACGGGAUAAAAUGUGAUAGGAUUAAAGUGUACUUAUUUCCCAUGUGGUCAACUGUAAUAACAUUGUAUCAUGCCACAUCACACAAACAUACUCAAUAUGAUAAUUUUUAUGAAUGUUUGGUUACAGGCUCAGGAAGAAUUUGAAAUCCUUCAUCAUUGUCCACCCGACCUGGUUUAUACGGACCAUCCUAGCCAUCACCAGGCCCUUCAUCAGGUAAGUACACAUAUACAGUGCUUUCAGAAAGUAUUCACACCCCUGGACUUUUUCCACGUUUUGUUGUUACAAAGUGGGAUUAAAAUAGAUUUAAUUGUCUUUUUUUUUGUCAACGAUCUACACAAAAUCCUCUAAUGUCAAAGUGCAAGAAAAAUUAUAACAUUUGUAAAAAAUAUGAAAAAUAAAAACACUAAUAAAUCUUGAUAUAUUAAAUCACUUUUGGCAGUGAUUACAGUUGUGAGACUUUCAGGGUAGGUCUCUAAGAGCUUUCCACACCUGGGUUGUGCAACAUUUGGCCAUUAUUAUUUAAAAAUUAUUCACGCUCCAAAUUGGUUGUUGAGCAUUGCUAGACAACCAUUUUCAGGUCUUGCCAUAGAUUUUCAAGUAGAUUUAAUUCAAAACUGUAACUCGGCCACUCAGGAACAUUCACUGUCUUCUUGGUAAGCAACUCUACUAGUGUUUGCCCUUGUGUUUUAGGUUAUUGUCCAGCUGAAAGGCGAAUUAAUCUCCCAGUGUCUGGUGGAAAGCAAACUGAACCAGGUUUUCCUCUAGGAUUUUGCCUGUGCCUCGCUCCAUUACAUUAUUUUUUUAUCCUGAAAAACUCCCCAGUCCUUAACGAUCACAAGCAAACCCAUAACAUGAUGCAGCCACCACUAUGGUUGAAAAUAUGGAGAGUGGUACUCAGUAAUGUGUUGUAUUGGAUUUGCCCCAAAACAUACAUUUACAUUUUUAGUCAUUUAGCAGACGCUCUUAUCCAGAGCGACUUACAGUUAGUGAAUACAUAUAUAUCUUUUUUUUAUACUGGCCCCCCGUCUAUUCAAAUGACUUGUCAAGCAAAUGUUUACUCCUGAACUUAUUUAGGCUUGCCAUAACAAAGUGGUUGAAUACUUGACUCAAGACAUUUCAGCUUUUCAUUUUUAAUAAAUUUGUUUAAAACAUUUCUAACAACAUAAUUCCACUUUGACAUUAUGGGGUAUUGUGUGUAGGCCAGUGACAAAAUAUCUCUAUUUAAUCCAUUUUAAAUUCAGGCUGUAACACAACAAAAUGUGGAGAAAGUCAAGGUGUGUGAAUACUUCCUGAAAGCGCUGUAUACACUGAGUGUACAAAACACCUGCUCUUUCCAUGACAGACUGACCAGGUGAAUCCAUGUGAAAGCUAUGAUCCCUUGUUGAUGUCACCUGUUAAAUCCACUUGAAAUCAGUGUAGAUGAAGGGGAGGAGACAGGUUAAAGAAGGAUUUUUAUGCCUUGAGACAAUUGAGACAUGGAUUGUGUAUGUGUGCCAGUCAAAGGGUGAAUGGGCAAGACAAAAUAUAUAAGUGCCUUUGAACGGGGUAUGGUAGUAGGUGCCAGGCACACUGGCUUGUGUCAAGAACUGCAACGCUGCUGGGUUUUUCACCCUUAACAGUUUCCUGAGUGUAUAUCAAGAAUGGUCCGCUACCCAAAGGACAUCCAGCCAACUUGACACGACUGUGGGAAGCAUUGGAGUCAACGUCGGCCAGCAUCCCUGUGGAACGCUUGACACCUUGUAGAGUCCAUGCCCCAACGAAUUGAGGCUGUUCUGAGGGCAAAAAGGGGGUGCAACUCAAUAUUAGGAAGGUGUUCCUAAGGUUUUGUACACUCAGUGUACAUUUCUCUGUUCAAAUAAAAUAAUCUGGUAGAUAAAGAUAGCACGAGUGUGCACGUCCACUUACGUAUGCGUGUUUGUGUGUUUUGUCACAGCACCAAGUUCAGCAAUAAGAUAAAGUACGUGAACAGCCUGGCUGAGCUGCAGGAACUCAUCCCCAUGGAGUACGUCCACAUCCCAGAGUGCAUCAUUAGGUGAGCCCAGUCUACAGUCGUGGUCAAAAGUUUUGAGAAUGACACAAAUAUUAAUUUUCACAAAGUCUGCUGCCUCAGUUUUUAUGAUGGCAAUUUGCAUAUACUCCAGAAUGUUAUGAAGAGUGAUCAGAUGAAUUGCAAUUAAUUGCAAAGUCCCUCUUUGCCAUGAAAAUGAACUUAAUCCCCCCCCAAAAACAUUUCCACUGCAUUUCAGCCCUGCCACAAAAGGACCAGCUGACAUCAUGUCAGUGAUUCUCUCGUUAACACAGGUGAGAGUGUUGACGAGGACAAGGCUGGAGAUCACUCUGUCAUGCUGAUUGAGUUAGAAUAACAGACUGGAAUCUUUAAAAGGAGGGUGCCUGAAAUCAUUGUUCUUCCUCUGUUAACCAUGGUUACCUGCAAGGAAACACGUGCCGUCAUCAUUGCUUUGCACCUAAAUCAACCAUUUAUCGGAUCAUCAAGAACUUCAAGGAGAGAGGUUCAAUUGUUGUGAAGAAGGCUUCAGGGCGCCCAAGAAAGUCCAGCAAGCGCCAGGACCGUCUCCUAAAGUUGAUUCAGCUGCGGGAUCGGGGCACCACCAGUGCAGAGCUUGCUCAGGAAUGGCAGCAGGCAGGUGUGAGUGCAUCUGCAUGCACAGUGAGGUGAAUACUUUUUGAGGAUUGCUUGGUGUCAAGAAGGGCAGCGAGGAAGCCACUUCUCUCCAGGAAAAACAUCAGGGACAGACUGAUAUUCUGCAAAAGGUACAGGGAUUGGACUGCUGAGGACUGGGGUAAAGUCAUUUUCUCUGAUGAAUCCCCUUUCCGAUUGUUUGGGGCAUCCGGAAAAAAGCUUGUCUGGAGAAGACAAGGUGAGCGCUACCAUCAGUCCUGUGUCAUGCCAACAGUAAAGCAUCCUGAGACCAUUCAUGUGUGGGGUUGCUUCUCAGCCAAGGGAGUGGGCUCACUCACAAUUUUGCCUAAGAACACAGCCAUGAAUAAAGAAUGGUAUCAACACAUUCUCCGAGAGCAACUUCUCCCAACCAUCCAAGAACAGUUUGGUGACGAACAAUGCUUUUUCCAGCAUGAUGGAGCACCUUGCCAUAAGCCAAAAGUGAUAACUAAGUGGCUCGGGGAACAAAACAUCGAAAUGUUGGGGCCAUGGCCAGGAAACUCCCCAGACCUUAAUCCCAUUGAGAACUUGUGGUCAAUCCUCAAGAGGCGGGUGGACAAACAAAAACCCACAAAUUCUGACAAACUCCAAGCAUUGAUUAUGCAAGAAUGGGCUGCCAUCAGUCAGGAUGUGGCCCAGAAGUUAAUUGACAGCAUGCCAGGGCGGAUUGCAGAGGUCUUGAAAAAGAAGGGUCAACACUGCAAAUAUUGACUCUUUGCAUAAACUUUAAUGUAAUUGUCAACAAAAGCCUUUGACACUUAUGGAAUGCUUGUAAUUAUACCUCAGUAUACCAUAGUAACAUCUGACAAAAAUAUCUCAUAACACUGAAGCAGCAAACGUUGUGAAGACCAAUACUUGUGGUCAAAAGUUUGGAGAAUGACACGACUGUACACAUCCCCCUCUCCCUUCUACUCCUCCCUCCCCUCCCCUUCACUGUAACUGACUAUUUAUCUUCCGUUGUCAACUCUCACCCCUUAGCCUUGACGAGGAGCUGAAGGAAGCGGCGCUGAGCUCGACGUAAGCAUCGACUCCAUUCCCUUAUUAUUACGGCUGCAGAAACAGAAACUAUGUACCACGUCUGUUUUCUCUUAACUAGACUCCCAUUUAUCACAUUAUCCUGUUUAAGAUCAGAAAGGCUUGUAGGUUGGAUCAGCCUGCUCACCUGUGUGUUUGCUCUGAUUAUUUUCAUACAUUUAUCACAUUUCCAUAUUAUUAUAGAGUAUCUCGAAAGGCAUUUGUCUCCCAUAUCAAUAAACCAUAGAUUACAGUAAAAUGAUUAAUUAUGGUGAUAUAUCACAGAUGGUGAAUAAGACAAGUCUGAGAAAGACAUGUAGAAUUCCAAUGAGAAACAUACUCGUUUGACUAUAUUUGGCUCGGCCUUCCUCACAAGGAAUACCAUUGAUUCAAAAUGCUCCACAAAAUGUAGCCCUUGAUAUAUUUACCACUGCACCCCAGAUUCCCUUCUAACUUUUUUCCCCCUUUCUCCUGUAGUGUGAGCAGCUUCCUCCAGGGACCUGAGCCGACGUCUGGGAGACCAGAGUCAGUAAGACCACUAAAGCCACUUGUUUAAGUGCAGUCUGAAGAGAGAUGGCCUUGUCUGGCUUGUCUGUCUUUCAUAUAAACACCAAGGCUGUGUCCCAAAUGGUACCCUAUUACCUAUAGGGCCCUGGUCAAAAGUAGUGCACUAAGUAGGGUGUAGCUUGCCAUUUGGGACGCAAGCCUCUAACAUUAAUGCCUCUGUUUCAUUGGCUUCUCUUCCUCUGCAGAGCCAAUAAAACCAACAGGAACAGCUGCUAGACAAAGUGGUGUUCAACACCACUGGAUAUGGAUGGUUGUGGCUUCGCUUCAAAAUUGAAUUUCACAUUGUUUUAAAACACAUGAUUGUUUCGUGCACUAGAAACAAUAAAACAGAUGUACUAUUCCUGUGUGUUUGUCAGACACGGAGACUAUGAAAACACUCCAUAAUCCCUGUUAGCACUCAGACGUAGUAUCCUAUAAGACCACCAUAACAUUAAUCUAUAGCACCACUGACAGACUUUAGAUUAGCACCAGGGGUUUCUUAAUCCUGGUCUUUGGGACCCACAGGGGUGCACUGUUUUGUUUAUUCCCAGCACUAACACACCUAGUAGCACACCAAGGUCUUGAUGAUUAGCUGAAUAAUCAGGUGUGUAAGUGCUGGGUUGGAACAGAAAGUUGCCCAGGACCAGCAUUAAGAUGCUUGACACUAAAUCCACAUACCAUGAUAGUUCGUUAAGGACAGAAUUACAAUAUGGUCACUCACAGUACAGGACACACGUCCAUUCUUAGCGUCAAAGUUGUAAUGUUGUACUUUGGUAAUAAUGCAUGAGCAACAGUGAAGCAAUAAUAUCUCAUCCUUUAAAGGUAGACUCAGUGAAAUGCCGUUGCCACGAGCAGCACCGCAGA